AUGCUGUCGACAAGACCGGAGUUCUACAACGCUCCAUGGAGUUCGUGUCCUUUUGUUACAUUUGGAAAUAUAAUGCAAAAAAACUAAUGCAACUUCUCAAGUCUCUUCUCACAUGCAAUGGAGCUCAAUGAAUCCCUAGUAUAUUAUUUUUGUAUCUACUUUUUUCCUCCCCUUCUCUUGUCCUCCAGGCUUGAUCGUCUUUUCAUCUUGCUUGACACUGGAACUACUCCGGUGACGAGGAAGGCUGCUGCCCAACAGCUGGGAGAUGUGGUCAAACUACAUCCACAUGAGCUCAACAACCUGUUGUCGAAGGUAAGUCUGGGCUUGCUGUCUUCCUCAUGAGUGCCCACAGUCAGGUCCCUAUCUACAUCAGGGUUGUAUACAUUGGGCACUAAAAAGAAGAAUAGACUGAAAUAGGGAGGGACUACUUGAACUUGUCUGAGAAAUGUUUGUUUUCGUUUUACUACAGCGUGUGCUAAUGAAUACGAUCCAGGGAGUCCACACUGUUGUCAGCUCCCUACCCCCCUGCCUAUAGUGCUGCCAAAAGGGCAUCCAUACUUUAACCACCCAUACAGAUUUGCAAACCCCUCUUUACCUUGUCUGGAAAAAUUUAAAUGGAGGCCCAUAAAGGUCAUAGACUGCUGAAUAGCCCACUGUCUUCGUUUCCUUCGUGGCAUGUUGAGGUGAUUAUUAAACCAGUGGAACCUUUGAACUGGAAUAGUGCAUAAGUUCCCACAAUCUGAUCUGAUGCAUUUGAAUGAGAUGUGUUACAUCCUACGAGUCUUGUGUUUUCUUGCUCACCCAUAACCUACAGGUGUUGACGUACCUGAGAAGUCCAAACUGGGACACGCGUAUCGCUGCGGGUCAGGCAGUGGAGGCCAUUGUGAAGAAUAUCCCAGAGUGGAACCCGUCACCCAAGCCCAAACAAGGUGAACCAACCUUAACCUGCCAUGUUAUUCACAGCCAAGUGCCUCUGUUUUGUUACACACCUGACAGUAGGGAACAAAUAAAGCCAUAACGUUCCAUUACUCACAGGAUUAGGAUUUAAAUAACCUUUGUGAAACAUGUGCCAUGGCCUCUAUAGCUUUGUUUUAGCCACCAGGAAUCAGUUUAAUGAGUAGGUAUAUGUGAACACACUAGCAAAUGUUUGCCCUAGGUGUUAUACAACUGAUGUCAGAGCUGCUCUUAAGUAACCAUUGACAGUAGGUGAUGAGGUAUUUGAAUGUGUAGGCUUAUGUUCUCACAUGGAAAUGAAACACUUAACAUUUCAUCAGCAUUCACCACUCAUUAUACAAAGCUCUGACGAAGGCUGUGAGGGUGAUAUGUAAAUUUAAAUAAACAAGUGAUACCGGCAAGUGCAGUGUGCAGGUUUCUCCUUUUCUUGAUCUAAUAUUUCCCACUCAACAGUAAAAAGUGUGGGUCCCAUUCUGACUGUAAGAUUAGUCAGAACUUUAAACAACCUUAACUUUUGAAUGAUUUGAUGUUGUAUCUAACCGUGGUGCGGGGAUGCUUGUCGAUCUCUUCCAGAGUCGUGUGCAGACUUUUCCCCAGAGGACUCCUACUCUGACCGGUUGAGUUUCUACCGAUUCGACAUCUCCCGCCUGCUCAAACAUGGUGCUUCUCUACUGGGUUCUGCCGGAGCUGAGUUUGAGGUCCAGGAUGACAAGUCCGGUAUGCAUCUGGUUUUUAACUCUUAACUCGUCCUACGAACACCUGGCUCAGUAAUGUGAGGCUCCUAAUAGGUUGGUUUGUCUGUUAUUAUCCAAUUAGAAGGAAUGUUUUGGGAGAAUCUGGUAUGUGACCAAAUUGAUAGGCUGUUUUCGUGCUCUUUUGUGAAACAACCUCACUGGGCAAGCUGCCAUAGCCUCGGAGAACAGGGCUUGGGGGUCACAAAGUCAAAUUGAUUCAUACAUGAUAUCCAAUUGAUUACUAUAAAUGCCAUUUAAAAUACUAUAAACAUGGACCAUCAAGCUAUUUCAUUCUCAAUUUAAGGACACUUGGGUAUCAAAAAUAAAUAUUUUUAAUAUCGCUUUAUCACAAUAAUAGAACAAAGAUAUGCCAAAUUUCAGUCUGAAGGAAGUAUGUUUUGGUGUGACUGAAAUGCAUCAAAGUUAUUGGAAAGUUCAGGGAUGAUCAUCAACAGGGCAUAUAAUUAACACCCGCCAAAUCCGGGUAGAUUUAGGUAUUGGCGGGUAAAGGCAUCCGCAUGCUUCCCAGCCGAAACAGUUCAGUAGAGUUUGUGCAUAUAUUAUGAAGACAUUUUGUGACGUUUUAGUUCGUUUUGGACUUCGGUGAGUUUUUUUUGUGGCUGUUUGGGCACACAUUUUUUCUGGAGGCAAGCCGAAGUUCGGAGUUGAAGUCUACGCCCCUUUGUCGGUGAUUGGUCAACAGUAGGGGUUCUUCUAAAAAGUAUUUGCCAUUCAACGAGGGAUGACUAGUUUUCAUGCUAAUUAAGACUAACUAAAUUAAUGACAGAUUUCUUGAGUUACUUCUGACUAUUUUCAGGAAGUGUAUACUGGCUACGGCGUCUCAAAAUGGACAAACAGUAUUAUUGCUGCUUUUUUCUCGUUUUUCAAGCGAAGGUCUUUUAAGGGAGUAUGCGAGGACACUCAUUUGGUUCGGCUAGGCACCAGCCGAACUUAAGCAUGCUGACACCUUAAGAAUGUCAAUUUCACCAGCCACGUAGGCGGGUGGUCAAUUUGCAGGGCUCUACAGUACAAGCAUUACAUUUGAAUUUGCAAAUAAAAAAUAAAGUAAAAAGUCAAGUAUGAGCACAUGUGCGAGUUGUGAUUUGUAGCUGUUUUCAAAGUAUUUCUGCCAUUUUGUUUCAUAGCUGCUAAUUGCACAACGAAAUACGAAUCUAUAUCCCACCUCGUGCAGCAACACUGCCUGGCCUGGGGAGCUUUGUGCGCUCUGCUUAUAUUCAUUUUUGGAGGUGCUGUGUACCGGCAUAAAUGUUGGUCUAGUGUUUCUUGGUUAUUUACAUUGUUUUGUUCAAGGUCGGUUGUUUUUCAAUGUUAGUUUGAGUCUGGUGCUUCAAUUGAUGGCGAAGAAAUACUGUCUAUUGUCUACUACUAGUCAGAUCCAAAAUCUCACACAGACCCCACACUUAACAAGACUCGAGUGGCCCCAUUACCAUUGUAACCUCCUGCCCUUAAAGUGGCAGCUGAACAUUUUGGCUCAUCUGAUAUUUUGGUUGAAAGACUCGGGUCACGGCCUCCCAAGUGGGCAGCGGUCUAAGGCACCGCAUCGCAGAGCAAGCUGCGUUACUACAGAUCCUGGUUCGAUACCGGGCUGUGUCGCAGCCGGCCGCGACCGGGAGACCCAUUAGGUUUAGGGGAGGGUUUGGCCGGCCGGGAUGUCCUUGUCCCAUUGUGCUGUAGCGACUCCUGUGGCGGGCCGGGCACAUGCACGCUGACACGGUCGCCAGGUGUGCGGUGUUUCCUCCGACACGUUGUUGCGGCUGGCUUCUGGGUUAAGCGUGCAUUGUGUCAAGAAGCAGUGCGGCUUUUUCGGGGUUGUGUUUUGGAGGACGCACGGCUCGACCUUCGCCUCUCCCGAGUCCGUACAGGAGUUACAGCGAUGGGACAAGACUAACUACCAAUUGGGGAGUAAAGGGGGUAAAAAAGACUUGGGUCACAAAAAAUGAAAUGAAAUUCACCAAUAUCUCAUUACUUCUUACUAAAACAUUUUUUGUUUUAGAAACAUUAAGCAUGGUCAUCUUGUUUUUUUUGUUGGUUGGGGGAGGGUUUGAUGUAAUUACAGCAAAACAAAUAUUUUGGCUGGUUAAAUCUAAGUGGCUGGUGGACCAAGACGUUUGUUUGAUCGGGGCCAAUGAAGUUGCUGAGAGACGCAUGCAAUGACUAUGCCUGCUGUAGGGUGUCAGGAUUUAGUUUCAAUGUUGCAUCAUCUGCAUUCUGAAUCUCACUUUUGCGUCGCUCGGCCCUUGGUGUCAGUGACCACAGUUCAGAGCACGGCUGGGUCCCAAAUGGCACCAUACACUGUUGUCCCUAUAAAGUCACUUUUUGGAUCAGGGCCCAUUUAUUUUUUAUUUUUAAUCGCUAAGUUCAUUUAGAGGCAAGUUAUCUAAACUUGUUAUCAUGGUUGAAUUACUGGCCGUGGGGCCCCGACUUGAUUUUGUUAGUCUCACUCAGAUAUCAUGUUAGAAACUACAAACUUUUCUCUACACCCCAUGGCAAAAUGUGUAGAAUUGCAUGAGAUUAUACACAUUUUAUCGGGGGGGUACCAGACCUGCGAGGAACUACGGCCCCUCAUGAGUUCAGAUUUUGUGGCCCCCUUCAAAGUUGCCCAUCCCUGCCCUAAGGGCUGGUUUCAGGGACGUGCACAUUAGUCCUGGACCAAAACGCACUUUCAAUGGAGAUUCUGCAUUGAGAACCAUUUUUUCUUUCUCCAUUACUAGAGGCUUAAUCUGUGUCCAGGAAACCAGCCAUAUGUGUCCAUGUAUUCUCUACAUAAAUGAGUUUCUCCAUAGUUGGUAUUUUCUACAAGCUUCAUACCCCUUCUUUUUGCUCUCCCGUGCCAGGUGAAGUGGACCCUAAGGAGCGUCUCGCCCGCCAGAGGAAGCUGCUGCAGAGGAAGCUGGGACUGGACAUAGGUGCCGCAAUCGGCAUGGACACGAUGGAGCUUUUCAAUGAUGAGGACCUGGACACCCAGUACAUCUGCACGCCCAGUGGCCCUAAGGCCCAGGGACAGGGAGGGAAGGGCUCUGGACCCUGCUCCAGCUCCCAUAACCACGUGGUGAGUCAGUCACACUACCUCCAUUUCCAACUCUCCUUUAGGCUGUUACUGUACGUUGAGCUCCAAGGCUGUCAUUGAGUCAGUAAUUUAGUUCAAUUUUGAACAGCAUCCUACAAAGCUUAACACCGAGGGUCGUGUUCAUUAGGCCAUGCUACGAAAAAUGUUCUGGAACAUUUUGCAUCGGAAAACGAAAAAUUAGUUUCUUAUUGGAUUAGUCCAGGUAGUCCCUCCCUGUUUCACUCUGUUUCAAAGCCUUUUCUAACAACUGAACUCCACCCAGGUAGCAACAAGUGCAGGCUACUAUCCUUGGUUAAUUUGGUCACAACCGUGGCAGACAGUGUGUGAGGCUUAGAAGCUUGGUGCUUCUUUCAGCACCUCAAAGCGUUGCCAGGUAUAUUUUGGACCCUUCAGUCAAAACCUGGCUAUGCGUAACCAAACUUGGACAGAGGAGGCAUGAUGUAACUUGUCCAACCAUGACCGGGACGUCUGGUAAGAAGACCUUGGUGUAGGUCUUGACAUAACAUGCUUUGAAAACGUUACUAGCUGUCAAAUCUUUGCUUCCGCAAUCCUUGUUUCCUCAAUGCCUCUCAAAGAUCAUUGGAGGAGAGGCUAAAGGUCCCUCAGAAAAUUGAGGAAGGCAUUGAGGAAACAAGGACUGAGGAAGCAAGGACUUGAUAGCUAGUAAUGUUUUCAGACACGGCCAUAGUCUGGGGACUAACAUCAGAUAGGCUUGCUUUCUGCAAUCUUCUCUCAUGGAAAGAUGUCAAUCUGAGUUGGAGUGCAGGAAACCUAGGGGUGGUGCGAAGUGUCAUAACUAUUUCUGUGUCUAUCCUAAUGAUCAACUAGACCAGAUGCAAAGCCAAGAUGGCAUAGUUCCCGGUCCACCCCACUUAUCUGACCUGCACCUUUCAGCGUGCAUGUGCCGUCUUCACUUUAGGAUGUGAUCUGUGCAAGUUGUGUUCAUAUCUUUGUCGCUGUUAGAAGGAAACAACAACAUGCUCUCUGUCUGAGGAACUGUCUCUUUGGUCAGAGAAAUGAAUGAAAUAAGUUAACAAUUGUUUUGUUCGAUCACUAGAAACUAAUGUUCAAUUGUAAUUGUUCCACUUUCAGCCCAUGCAGGCGGCAGAGAUAAUAGACGCAGAGUUUCGACCAGGCAUGAGCAACCGACAGAAGAACAAGGCUAAGAGGAUGGCCAAGCUAGUGGCAAAGCAACGAUCCAAAGACAUGGAUCCCAACGAGAGAAGGUAUGCCCUAUUUCUUCCAAAGCUUUUUAGACAGGUCGUGUUCAUUACGCAACAAACUGAACAAAUCAUUUUGAAACUGAGUGGAAAGUGGAGGCACUGUCUGUACAUGUCCAAUAAGAGAUGCUCAUUUACGUUUUCUGCUACAAAACUCUUUGCUACGUUUGCCCUAAUGAACAUAACCCAGGUCUUUCUGUCUUUGGUUUCCAUCUGCAUUGUAUAAUGUAGGCGAUGGGGUCUUUCUGAAUUGGAUGACCUGAGUUUGGAAAUCAAAUCACAGAUAAAUAUUAUUAUUAUUUCUGUAGUAAUGACAGUUUUGAGGGGGAGCCUGAGGAGAAGCGCAGGAAAACUACCAACGUAGUCAUCGACCAACCGGCAACGGAGCAUAAAGUCUUAAUCGAUAAUGUUCCAGACAACUCCAGUCUCUUAGAAGAGGUAAGAAAUGGGUCACCAAGGAUAAAGCUCUUUAUAAAGAAUACGAUCAAAGUCAACCAUUUUACACAGAACUUGAGAAUCAAUUUACUCGGCGUCUGGAGAAAGACGGUAUAGUUCAACUGUUAUAAAAUCUGUGUCUUUGUCCAAACGUUGAACAGUUCUGAUUCAUCUUGUGCUUUAUUUCCAGACCCAGGAGUGGCCCCUGGAGAGCUUUUGUGAUGAGCUCUGUAAUGACCUAUUCAACCCCUCAUGGGAGGUAAUGACCUUCCUAUUCCUAGCAGACCCGUUCAAGUAAUCUGUAAUCCUACAGCGCUUAAUGUAGUUGUCCUAUAAGGAUCCAUUGUAUAACACAUAACAGGCAGCAUAUAGACUGACACUGAUCUAUGAAACUACUAGUGCUCUGAUUAUGUGUUCAGAUUCGUCACGGUGCAGGCACAGGCCUCAGGGAGAUCCUCAAGUCUCAAGGUGCUGGAGGAGGGAAGCUGGUGGAAUGCACUGCAGAACAGGUACUGUAUCUGACUCUUCUCUCUAUGCCAGGGUUUCCCCAAACUCUGUGCUAGGGCACCCUCUGGGUGCACUUUUAGAUUUUUUUCCCCCCUAGCACUACACAGUGGAUUUAAAUAAUCAAAGCUUGAUAGUGAGUUGGUUAUUUGAAAUGGCUGUGUCGUGUUAGGUCAAAAAACAAAACGUGCACCCAGGUGGGGCCCCAGGACCGAGUUUGGGAAACACUGCUCUAUGCAACCUGCAAACAUGAAUAGUUCAGUUUACCUCUAAUCGAUAUGACCACAAUAUGUCUGACCUUUGACCUUUCCCAGAUGGCGCGGCAGCACCAGGAGUGGCUGGAGGAUGUGGUUAUACGGCUGCUCUGUGUGUUUGCUCUGGACCGUUUUGGAGACUUUGUCUCUGAUGAGGUGUGUCUUGUAUCAUACCAUGCAAUUGAGUGGGAUGGUUGAAUUCAAUUUAAUAUGACUGUUAUUUACUCCCUCUGGGGUAAGGUUGCAAAAUUCAGAAAGAUUUAUCAAAUGCCAGUUUACAGAAUUUUGUUACCCUACCUACAGGCACUUGAGUCAGGUGUUGCUGUAUGUCUAACAUGCUGUCUCUCUCCUUUCUGGGCAGGUGGUGGCUCCGGUCAGAGAGACUUGUGCCCAGACACUGGGCGUGGCCUUGCGCCAUAUGAAUGACAGCGGCGUUGCCAUGACUGUUGACAUCUUGCUGAAGCUGCUGACGGAGGACCAGUGGGAGGUCCGGCACGGAGGUCUUCUGGGCAUCAAGUAUGCCCUGGCUGUCCGACAGGUACCAAUAACCUCCUGUCCUGUCUGCUUGUGUCUGAUGCCCAUCAUGGAUGAUGUGUGUUAUCCAGUGUAAGGCAGUAAAACAAGCGUUUUAUACAUGUAUAGACUGGACUCUCUUUUUGUUUUUUCUCUUGCACUCUUAACUCUCUUUUAUAUAUUUCUGUCUUAUGCCCCCUCUCUUGUUCUUUUUCUUUCCCUCUCUCUUUCUCCCGCUCAGGACCUGAUCUCCGCUCUGCUUCCGCGGGUGCUCCCUGCCAUCACAGAGGGGCUGCAGGACCUGGAUGAUGAUGUCAGAGCGGUGGCAGCCGAGGCCCUCAUCCCUGUGGUGGACAGCUUAGUACAGCUACUCCCCAACAAGGUCAGACUGGAACACCUCUCCACGUCUGGUCACCUUAACUGCCCUUUAUCCUCUCUCCAACCUCACCCCUCACAUAGUCCUAUCCAUCUCAUGGCUUGCCGCCUUGGCAUUGUAUACUUCUUUAUGGCACUGUAGGGUUGUGUUUAGUAAGCACCAAAUGGCUACCUGGGCUUGUCCAGUAAGAAAUGCUCAUGUUUUCCGUUGCAUGCCCUAAUGGACACAACCCAGGUAGUUAAUUUGCUUUAUUUGUUUUUUCAGUACUGUGCUGACUAUAGCAGUUGUCUCUGUUGUAUAAUCAUGACCGCUGUGUUUUCUUUGUAUUGUUCAGGUCCCAUUCAUAGUGAACACCCUGUGGGACGCUCUCCUGGAGCUGGAUGACCUGACAGCCUCCACCAACAGCAUCAUGACCCUACUGUCCUCUCUGCUCACCUACCCCCAGGUCCGACAGUGCAGGUGAGUGACUAAUUUCCUGUCUGUAAAGAUAUAACCUCUUCUCCCACUUUAACAUGGAACAGUUGUCUUGUAAAGUCAAUGGUGUUUGAUAUGGCUGUGCAAUGUUCUCACCAGUGAUUAUUUUUUUUAUUUACUUUUGUUCAAGAAUAUGACAUCGUAGAAUGUUGUCUUAGUUUUUUUUUUGUCAUAGUACAUGCAAAUCACACUAGAUGUUUCAGAGGACAACUUGUGCAAGGGUUAACAGGCCCAACAAUGUUCUCUUUUGUCCCUCCAGCAUGCAGCAGUCCCUAACGGUCCUUGUCCCUCGGGUCUGGCCAUUCCUUAGACACACCAUAUCAUCAGUCAGACGGGCUGCACUAGAGACCCUCUUCACCCUACUAUCCAAAGCUGACCAGGUGGGUUUGUAAGGGAAAGGGAUGCCAAUGGCCCAAUCCUAAAUAGACCCCAUGCACUAGUCUAGAUCUGAGAGGAUUGGAUAGGUGUAAGCAAUAAGGCUAGGUGAAAGUUUCACCAUUUAUUGUUUAUACCAAUCAAAUCCUCUCAGAUUUCCACAAGUAGGAGUCGAUUUGAGAUUGAAUGAUUGAAAUGCUAAACUAUGACUACAACUGUGUUUAUACAAUUUGGCUGAUUUCAUCACUGAAGUCUUUUUUGUGGUGUUCCAGAGCUGUGCACUAUGGCUCAACCAGGUCCUGCAAGACAUGCUCCGACACAUCUUCCAGUCCUGCAUCCUGGAGAGCAAUCAGGAGAUCCUGGACCUCAUCCAAAAGGUUUGUUUGUCUCACUCUCACACACACACACACACACACACACUAUCAAGGAGGUCAUAUAUCCUGGCUGAUACAGUACAAUGGUGCUAGAGGGGAUGGCUGCUGUUUUACGUGCUCCUAACCAACUGAGCUAAUUUGUGUGUUUUUUCACAUUGUUUGUAACGUAUUUUGUACAUAAUGUUGCUGCUACCGAAAAGAGCUUCUGGAUAUCAGAACGGCGAUUACUCACCUCAACUGGACAACGAUUAUUUUCUUUAAUGAGUCCGACGCAAAGGAUAUACUGCUUCUCAGAGACCAGGCCCAAAUCCCUGUCAUUCGCGUGAAGACUUAAAGAAAUGGGCCGGAGAUCAGGGUGCCUUGUUCAAAUUCGUUGGCGAGUGGGUAACCCACCUCUACCAUCCGUUCUAUUGGCCAACGUGCAAUCAAUGGAAAAUAAACUGGAUGAUCUCCGUUCGACUAUCCUACCAACGGGACAUUCAACUGUAAUAUCUUAUGUUUCACUGAGUCGUGGCUGAACGACGACACAGAGAAUAUACACUAUUGUUCAAAAGUUUGGGGUCACUUAGAAAUGUCCUUGUUUUCGAAAGAAAAGCAAUUUAUUUUGUCCAAUAAAAUAGAUCAGAAAUACAGUAUAGACAUUGUUAAUGUUGUAAAUGGCUAUUGUAGCUGGAAACAGCUGAUUUUUAAUGGCAUAUCUACAUAGGCGUACAGAGGCCCAUUAUCAGCAACCAUCAGUCCUGUGUUCCAAUGGCACGUUGUGUUUGCUAAUCCAAGUUUAUCAUUUUAAAAGGCUAAUUGAUCAUUAGAAAAACCUUUUGCAAUUAUGUUAGCACAGCUGAAAACUGUUGUGCUGAUUUAAAUAAGCAAUAAAACUGGCCUUCUUGAGACUAGUUGAGUAUCUGGAGCGUCGGCAAUUGUGGGUUCGAUUACAGGCUCAAAAUGGCCAGAAACAAAUAACUUUCUUCUGAAACUCGUCAGUCUAUUCUUGUUCUGAGAAAUGAAGGCUAUUCCAUGCGAGAAAUUGCCAAGAAACUGAAGAUCUCGUACAACGCUGUGUACUACUCCCUUCACAGAACAGCGCAAACUGGCUCUAACCAGAAUAGAAAGAGGAGUGGGAGGCCCCGAUGCACAACUGAGCAAGAGGACAAAUACAUUAGUGUCUAGUUUGAGAAACAGACACCUCACAGGUCCUCAACUGGCAGCUUCAUUAAAUAGUACCCGCAAAACACCAGUCUCAACGUCAACAGUGAAGAGGCGACUCCGGGAUGCUGACCUUCUAGGCAGAGUUGCAAAGAAAAAGCCAUAUCUCAGACUGCCCAUCUUAAUCUUUUAUUUUUAUUGGCCAGUCUGAGACAUGGCUUUUUCUUUGCAACUCUGCCUAGAAGGUCAGCAUCCCGGAGUCGCCUCUUCAGUAUUUUUGUUUUGACAUUGCUGCUACUCACUGUUUAUUAUCAAUGCAUAGUGACUUUACCCCUACCUACAUGUACAAAUUACCUCGACUAACCUGUACCCCAGCACGUUGACUCGGUACCGGUACUCCCUGGAUAUAGCUUAUUUUAUUGCGUAACUUUUUUAAAUUUAUUUUUUACUUUAGUUUAUUCAGUAAAUCUUUUCUUAACCAACAAUGCAGUUCAAGAAAUAGUUACGGGCUUGUAAGUAAGCAUUUCACGGUAAGGUCUACACCUGUUGUAUUUGGCACAUGUGACAUGUUUUUUAAUUAAUGUCUUCUAGGUGUGGACAGAGCUGCUGCGCCAGGCCCCUCAGCAUUACGUGGUGGCAGCCAGCUGUCCCUGGAUGGGCGCCUGGCUCUGCCUGAUGAUGCAAGCCUCUCACAUCCCCAUAGACAUCAACAUGCUGCUGGAAGUCAAGGCUCGCUGCAAGGUGAGAGGGUGGUUACUAAAUUAGGACUGAUUGGUACAUCAGUUACAGAUUGUUGUAUUCUCAAGUGCCCCUGUACUAAUGUUACACAGGGCUUCAUUAUGGGAUAGGUUUAUGUAUUUUCUCUGGUAUGAUGCUGUUAUCCAGUUGUCUAAGGUCAGGCUCAUUAGGGCACAUUCACAUUUUUGCUAAAUGUUUUGCAACGGAAAACAUUUUGUUUCUUAUUGGACAACCUUAGAUGGUACCCGUCUGUUCCGGACAGUUAUUUUCCGUUUUGUGCCUACUGAACGCUACCCAGUCUUUGAUGCAUGUGUUCUCUGAUUUGAUUUGACAGGAGAAGGCUGGGGGGAAGCCUCGCCAGGGAGCCUUGGUUCAGGUGAAGGAGACUGUUCAGGAGUAUAUCGCUGGGGCAGAAACUGUGACCGAGGACCCAAUGACGCGAGACUAUGUGGUGACACGGGCUCGCCUCAUGGCCGCAAAGUUAGUCCCUCUCUGUUUCUAUUACUCUGCGUCUAAUUUUGAUCCAUAGCGAUAAUGAAGAAAAAACAAUGGUGGAAUUGGGACUAUUGUUGGCAGCGGUUGGCUCCUGAGAGACUAAGAUUUAAAAACUCAUCGCAGCACUGUAUGGUUUCUGCAGCCAGCUGCUACUCUGGUUGGACAGUUAGUCAAGGCAAGAGCAACUCGGCAUCGUUGGGCUCUAAGCCUCAUAAGCCUUGUUCACACUACAGACCUUAAUACUCAAAUCAUUUUUAUUUUUUAUUUUUUAAAAUCUGUUUUGGAAUACUGACUGUCCAAACAGCAAGUUACAAGUGACCAAAUCGGAUUUGUGUGUGUUCAGACAGCAGUCAUUUGCUGACAUGGCUACGCUAGUUGUCAUAGUAACAACGGGUGUGUGCGAGGUGGUGAAGGCAGGUUGGUGGCGCUCAUGCUUCCUAUCGCUCAGAAGUUAUGUAGCAAGCUAACGUGACAUCAAUGCCUGCCACGGACGUUUCCCAGUUGCUUUGAAUGUUCAAAAUCAUAGGGUAAGAACACUUUUAAAGCCUCAGGAAAAGAUGAUCCAACUUUCAACACAAGUCCUUUUUGUCUAGCCACAGCAGUCGGCUAGCUAGGUAGCUAUUUAGCUUUCUAGCAUAUUCACUAAUUUAGUUUGUAAUCAAUUAACAAGCUAGAACCACUUGAGGGCAAAUAAAUCUUGACCAUUCAGACACGUCGCAUGGCCGGGAAUCAGACUUCAAACCACCUACGAAGGUGGUUUGACAUGUGGCUUAAAAUAUCAGAAUCCAUGUGCUUUUUGGCUGUUCAGACUGCAGGAAAAAUAAAAUAUUUGAAUCGGAUAUGUAAAGUGUGCUUUACUGCCUGGAGUCCUGGUAUGUUGAUACAAAUGUUUCACCCAUUCCAGGUCAUUGUCUUCCUCAUUUAACAAACCAGUAUGCAAACUGAAACUUGUAAAAAAAAGAAAUGCGAUGGUGGAAUUGCGACAAAUCCAGUUACAACAUUUGCAAUAAGUUAUUAUGAAUGCCUAACAAUUUUCAUUUUUUUCUCUUCAGAUUGUUGGGGGCCCUGUGUCGGUGUAUUUGCGACCCACAGGUCAACUCGUCCUCCCAGGACAUCCGGCCGGCUGAGUCGCUGGGCCAGUUGCUGCUUUUCCACCUCAACUCAAAGUCUGCCCUGCAGCGCAUCGCUGUGUCACUGGUACUUUGUGAGUGGGCCGCAGUGCAGAAGGUAGGACCUGAGUCUGUUUUUCGUUCGUACGUUUUUGUAAUCGUUUUAUUUGGAUAGGAGUUUUUCACCAUAAUGCUGUCAGGAUUUAUUUCAGAAAGGCUUUUAUGGCCGGGCUUCAAACAAACUCAUAUAACCUACCCGUGCAGGGCGAUUUACUAAUUUCAGCUUGAGCCAACAUCUCAAGGUGUGUGUAUGUAUAUCCAGCAUGAUAUCAGCAAACUGUUUCAUUGAAUCCUGGCCGAUUUGAAAUUAAACCGCCUUGCCCCCCCCCCCCUUCUCGCCUCAGGAGUGUCAGGUGGUGUCAGCCAUGGUCCAGCCUCGCCUCUUAGCUAUCCUGUCAGAGCAGCUGUACUACGAUGAGAUCGCCAUUCCCUUCACACGCAUGCAGAACGAGUGUAAGCAGCUCAUCUCCCUGCUGGCCGACGCUCAGAUCGACGUGCGCGACCGCCUCAACUGC